UUCCUGGCAAGCUUGCCCAGUCAUAAAUUAUCUUCAGGAGUGGAAGGAAUGUUCGAGAAGGCAGCCGGGACCCGACCCUCACCCGCACAGCGACAGCGACAGCAGUGAUAUCCAUGGUAUGAACUUGACCCAAACCAAAUCAUCAUGGAACGUCAUAUUCCCAUUCAGCCUUUACCCAAAGAGAUCCAACAGCUUAAACUACUUGAAUGGGCAGCUUGCAAAUAAGCAGAAAGAACUGAAGAACAUGUCUCAGAAAACGGAAGACAUUCAGGGUCAGCUGAAAGAAGCUCAGCGCCAAUCCGAACUCUUCAGAGAGAGAGCAAAGCGACAAGAGUGUAUCCUGCAGCAAGCUGUCUCCUUGUUCCAGGGGAUGAGGCCUGAACUGGCAGUGAUCAGAGAGGAGGCAAGUAGCAAUUCCAUGAUAUGGAGGGCUUUCAGCAAAACCCUGACACGUUGCAUGGAGGUCACGAGCAGUGCUGUACACACGGAAAUUUCUGAAUUGCAAGGAAGUCUUAAGAAAUCCAAUCAAGUGGUAACUUUUCUUCAACAAGAGAUGAAAGAUCUCAGACUUCACUCAGAUGCAGCAGCCGUAGAAACGCUGCAACUCCAGGCUUCAGCCCAGAGAGCAUCCGAGUUUCAAAGUAGAUGCCAUGAGUUGCAAAAACAGACAUUGGGCCUAACCAAUCAGCUGGACACUCUGCAGCAGAAUGUGCAAAAAGUUACUGCUGAAUUAGAAUGCUACAAGGAGCUGUUAAUGAAUAAAUCAAAAGAAGCAGACAGUCUUCUCUCCAGAAUACAACAAUUGGAUUGUGCACAAGAAGAAAUUGAAUCCAGACAAGGUAGAGAAAUGAAAGAAAAAGAGGAAGAGUGUUUUCGUUGGCAACAAGAAUAUAACCGUUUACAAGAAAAGCUGGAAGAGAACCUGUGUAAAGAGGCAGAAAUACAAAGACAAUGUUCACGCUCACAGAAUGAACUGCAGACUCUGAAAUCUGCCCUCAAACAGACGAAAGGAGAGCUAACAGCAUUAAUGCAGGAAAGGGAGCUGAUGGUGAUUUCUCAUCAGAACAGGAUUGAGCAACUACGGGAAAACUUUAGACAGAAGUUAGGGGGUGAAGAUAACUGGAGAGAAAAGGUUGAGGAAGAACUCACCAAAGAGCGUGAACGUCACUGCAAAGAGCAGCAGGAACUAGUGCUACGGAUGAAGGAAGAAGCCAGGCUGGACCUGGACAUUGACAGACAAAAGCACCAGGAACUUGUCAGUAAAUACAAGAAAGAGAACAAGGAACUGCAGGCAAAGGUUCCUGGCUUAAUUGACGCUGCCACCAAGGGAUUGCAACUGGAGCUAAACAGCUUGGAGAAGGAGCUUAAGGAUGCACAGUCCCGACUGAUGGAGAGGGACCGUUCGAAAGAAGAUCAGAUCUGUAGCCUGGGAAAGCUGGUGUCAGACCUGGAGACCCGGCUAAGGCAAGAACAGGACAAAAUGGAUUCUAUAACUCAGGACCUGAGGAAAGAGGUACAACAGAAAUCGUCAGAGCUGAGAGACACUCAACAGGAACUGCAGCAGCUAACACGAGAACUGAGUCAGGCCCAGGCAGAAAUGACGUUUCUCCAGGAAACUGUACGUAGGGAAUGUGAGGAACGCUUCGAGCUCACCGAGGCUCUGGGACAAGCCCGGGAACAGUUACUGGAACUGAAGAAGUUAAAUGGAGUACUUCCACUUUCUCAGCACUCAGAUGGUCAACCAAGCCUCAACUCUUCCCCUUUUUCUGUAGGCAGCCAGGGCCAUACAUCCCACCGUGUUCUCUCUUCCAGCACGACUAAAGUUAGUGGCUCAAAAGGGCUUUCAGCCAACCCCAGUCCCUCAAACAGCGCUCUGAAUAGUUUCUCUGGCUGCAGAAGUUUACCAGCCAUUUCCAUGCCACAUCCACCCAAAGGCAGAUUGUCGACUGUAAAUGAAGCCAAACUGCUGAUUGCAGCUGCUUUUAGAAAGAAAUAGACCUGCACGAAAUUCACGACUGGCUUUAGGUCUGAGCUUAGUUUGGGUGGACUGUUUAUACUGUGUACAUAUCUUUUGUAAACACACCAUUUUAUCUAUGGUAUUAUUAAUAAUAAUAAUCCUGUAUUAGAUAAUAUAAAUAAACAAAACCGUGGAUUUGCCUGUAAAGAAUGAAAAACUUUAACUGUUGCACAGUUUCACACAAAAAAAAGGUUCACACUUAAUGAGUCCGACAAAACAGGAAAGGUUUUCUGUUUGAGAAGUACAGUAAUCGAAUUAUCUAAGUUCAUAAUUCUGAUUGCCUCAGAACAUCUGUGGUAGCAAAUUAGAUGAAAAAAUAGAAUAAGGUGAAAAAUAAUUAUUAGCGAUGAUAAUUAUAUAGAUAAAAAUCUAAAUUCUCACUUUAGAUGCCGUCAACAAAGACAGUUUAUGACAAGGAGAGUUUAAACCAUUUUCAUCCAUAAUCUUUUGAGUGAACUGAAAGCAAAUGUCCCCUUUUUAGCUAUUCUUUUGAUAUAAAAAAAAUCCACAUUGUUUUCAAAUUGUGAUGAAAGUAUUGGUUUCAUUUAAUAACAACUAAAGGAUACAACUAAGUUAUCUUAGCCCACAGGAACCGUGGUAUGUGGAUUCCACACACUAGCUUUGCUAAGAGGAUCACUGGAAUGUCAAAACCAAAGUGUUUGUUAUUUGUUCUUUGAAAUAAUCAGAUAAGCUUUACUAAGAAAACGUCCUUCGUGCAUUCUGUUAACCUCUAGUUAACCAUCAUGACCGAGGCUUGCUGAUUUGAGUGCCAAAGGUUCCAGGCCUGGCUGUGUUGCCUGCUGUGGAGUCCAGAGUUCAUAGAGUUGAGACACGAUAUUGCCAAUUUAUUAGAAUCUAAGCAGUCAGUUAGAUUGACCUGGAGGCGCAAUGACCUUUUGUGUGGUUGAAGCACAAACCCAGGCAAUAAGACCAUUUAUGACAUGUAGAUAAUAAUAAUCCUUGCAUUU